AAAAAAUCUUGAUUUGCUGUUUAUGUUUAUGAGAGAUGAUUAUGAUAGCAAUUCCACUUUACACAAUGAUAUUUCAAUUCCGUCUUCUACCUAGUAGUUUAGGGAUAGGUAGCCCGACUUGUCUAAUCUUGACCCUGAAGUUCUACGUCUUUGCCCAGUGAUUGACAAGAUACAUCACAGCACAAUGCUUUGUGUCCACUCCAGCAAGAAAAUCCACAUCCUGCACGGUCAUACCUGCAGAUAUUCUGACCCUUGCCACAUCUACCGUGGCAGAAUGGGGCAUUUCCAAGCCAACGACAUCCACUCGGCGGUUGGCAGCGUGUUAUACAAUUUGUAUCUCUAGCUAGAACCAGUGUUAGCAUUUUCGGUAUAUGAUAAGGAUAACUAUGUUGAUUGAGUCAUACGAGAUGCUGCAGCAAAUACAAGGUUGAUGAGAAGACUCGAUGCUGCAGGGAACCGCAUGCUUGGAUGAAAUAGGCUCAAUUUGAGUGAGGGGGUAUAUAUAUAGGGAUGGAACCGGAGUUGUUGCAACUCUGUAACUAGUGUAUUGUUGGUCGUCUGAAUAUGUUGGACAGUUGUUGAAGAUCAAGGAGCUCCAGGAGGCUGCAGCUCCGGCGGAUAUUUAUAUCGCCAUCUUGCAAGCCAGGACGUAUUGAAUGGAUGUGGCCUCGCAGUGGUAGUGUCACCUAGAGGACUCUCACAGGUUGCCGUGAAAACAAACAAACGGGUCCCUAGACCCGACCACUAGCAUUGUUUGCUAAACCAGACCGUCCGUAAUAAUAACAACAGCAAUAAUAAUAGAAAAAGCCAGUCUCUUGUAUAUCGACGGGUGAAGUCUGGCGAACGCUUACAAGGGUGCUGGCUCGGCAAAACAGUCAGUUAGCCGAGGAGACCGCAUGAGUCCACAAUUUCCCCAUGUUUCUCGGCGCUUGGUGAGAUCGGCUAUUUACACUCCCAACCAUCUGAAGAGCAGGCACAAAGAUACCUGGACAGGCGAGUACUUGAUUAUAGCUCUUAGUGAUACUUCCCGGACUCCAUUAUAAGAUGUUCCCUCGAGUUCCAUCCGCAGGAGUUUGGUGUCCGGCGGUGACUUUUUUCGACCCAGCAACCGAUGAACUUGAUCUACCAGCGCAAAAGGAGUAUUAUGCCUAUCUUGCACGCUCUGGACUCACUGGGCUGGUCAUUCUGGGUACAAAUGCGGAGGCCUUCCUACUCACACGCGAAGAGCGGGCACAACUCAUCAGCACGGCCCGAGCAGCUGUUGGCCCAGACUACCCUCUGAUGGCUGGGGUUGGCGGCCACUCUACCCGCCAGGUGCUGCAGUACAUCCAGGAUGCGGUCACGGCAGGGGCAAACUACGUCCUUGUGCCCCCACCAGCAUACUUCGGCAAGGCGACUACACCAGCAGUGAUCAGGGCGUUCUUCAGGGAGGUCGCAGAGAGUUCCCCGCUGCCUGUGGUUAUUUAUAACUUCCCUGGGGUGUGCAACGGAGUUGACCUCGAUUCGGAGAUGAUUACAGCAAUCGCACAAGACAAUUCCAAUGUUGUUGGGGUGAAGCUUACCUGUGCUAGCGUUGGGAAAAUCACCCGGUUGGCAACAGUGUUAGCUGCAGACAGGUUCUCCAUAUUCGGUGGACAGGCAGACUUCUUAAUUGGGGGGCUGAGUGUGGGUUCGGCAGGAUGCAUUGCAGCGUUCGCGAACGUCUUUCCCAAGACUAUAUCGAAGGUGUACGAGCUGUAUAAAGCUGGCAGGGUCGGAGAAGCAUUGAAGCUGCAUCAGAAGGCGGCGUUAGCCGAGUCCCCGUGCAAGUCUGGGAUUGCCACGACCAAAUAUGCGGCAGCAGUCUUCAGUGCAAAGGCAGCUGGGAUCGAAAAUGCUAAAGGAAGGAUGAGACCACGCCGGCCAUACGAACCGCCGACCGACGCGGCAAAGGAGAAUGUGAAGAAAGUGAUGGCCGAGGUAGCGCUGAUCGAGGAGAGUCUCUAGGCGGCUCUCUCUCUCUCUCUCUGGUCCUGUAACCGCCCACAGAGUAGAAGAACAGACACAUCAAGCGGGAGGGGGAGGCGGGUGCACAUGGGCCCCCCACUCCCUCCCCAACCGUCCAGCUGAA